GACAGAAAAAAUAGAGCCUAAUCUUCUAAAACAUUUAACACUGUUUGGCCAUGAGAACCUGUAGAGUUUGACAAUUGUGUUGCAUGCUUUAGGGAAUUAAAAAAAAAAUUGCAGCAGAAUGGAAAGACCACCAAAUUUUCAUAGAGUUUUAGCGAAAAACCUCAGUAUAUCUUCACUAAUUUUUUUUUUAAAACGCCUCUCCAUAACCUGGACUAGAAGCCUAGCACCUAAAAAAAAAUAAUUCCAUCAACAACACAGGAGAUUUAGGGUAAGUAUUUUUUGUUCCAUCUGGUUUUGGAUUAAAAAAUUAUUUUUAAAAAAGAAUUAUGAAUUGAAAUGAAUGAAUUUUUUAUUUGAGAUAAGGCAUUUGAGGUUGAUUGGUACUUGAGAUAUAGGAAAAACAGUUUGUUUGUGGCUUUUUUCAUCUCGAUUUUAGGUGUUGAUUUGGCUGAUAAGUUGAUUUAUGCAUGUGAAAAUAUUUGUUUUACAGGUUGCUUUACCUUUUGUGGACCUUCUCACAAUCUUUAAUCGUGUAGGCCAUUGGUUUUGCUAUCCACUUUUAAGGAAUGUUUAACAAGGCAUACUAUUCCAAUUAGUGUUGAACUAUCUCUAGCUGCAACACCACCUUUUUCCUGUGUCACUCAAGUUACAGGUUGCUUUAUUUUUUGUGGAACUUCUCAGAAUCUUUAAUCGUGUAGGCUAUUGCUUUUGCUAUCCACUUUCAAGAAAUGUUUAACAAGGCAUGUUAUUUCAAUUGGUGUUGAACUAUCUCCAGGUUGUAGGAAGUUGAAACACCACCUUUUUCCUGUCUCACUCAAGCUAUAGGUCUGUUAUUCCAAUUGUUGUUCAACUAUCUCCACGUUACAGGAAGCUGAAACACCAGAUUUUUCCUGUCUCACUGCAGCUACAGGACAAUGGCUCUACCUAUAAAACAGAUUAAAAAAUACAACUUCUACCCUUCAUUACGAGCUAGGGCCUGUCGAGUUUGGAUUGCUAAAUUUAAUGGUCAGCCAAGCAGUUUUAAUUGUGUUUUUGUUGACAAUCAGGGUGGAGCUAUUCAAGCUUUAGCUAAAACAAGGGAUCUCCCAACAUUUGCAGCAACAAUUAUUGAAGGAAAUCACUAUGAAAUCAAAGGAUUCUAUACUUAUGAAAACAGAGUAGUAAACACAGUUGCUGCCCAUGAUGCUGUAAUUGAUCUCAAAUCUAACACAAAAAUUACAGGCAUUGAAGCUAUUACACCUCAUGUUCCUAGAUACUACUUCAAUUUUAUUGACUAUGCACAUAUUCUGACCAAGUCAAAAGGCUCCAGAAUUCUUACAGAUGUCCUUGGAAGACUUAAAGCAUUGCAGCCACUUGAACAAGUUAUGGUUCGUGGACAGACGCUCGAAAAUAAGAGAGAAUUCAUGCUUGAGAACAUUCGUGGUGAGGAGCUUCGCAUAACUCUUUGGGGUGAUAGUGCCAGAGAUUUUGAUGAACUCGCUCUUCAUAACCUACCAUCUCCGGUUAUCAUUGCGUUUGCUGGAUUUCGUGUCAUAGAAUUUAAGGGAAAACCAAAUCUUAACAGUACAGCUGCCUCUCUUUGGUACUUCAAUCCGGACAUACCAGAAUGCUUAGCAUAUAAACAUUUGUAA